GUGCAAUGAACAACUUCCUACGCAUCGAGCGCCUGCUGCUGCUGGCAGGCAUUGCCAGCUGUGCGCAGGUGAACAUGAACUCUAGAGAAGAUGGUGAGACGAUCUACACCAACAAUCCAGUUUGCCUCAAGAACAGGUGUAUCAAUCCCCUGACGCCGGGUCUGAAUGACUUGCCGCGACUUGGAAGCCUUGUCUGGCAGUGCUCUAAUCCUGGCGUGGUCCAAAAGUACUUGCACUUUUGUCAAGCAGCUGUUGACUACGACGCAGCGGUCCCAUCUCCUGAGAACACAAGCACGGCAUUAGAUGCGAUAGUGCAAGCGCAAGAUUCUGCUGCUUCAACAAUGUUUGUUUACCACCUUAGUGCCUUGGGCUAUGAGGCCUGGGACUUCAAGCAUCAGCAGGACAGAGAUCGCGACCCGUGUGUCGCCAAGAUCUACGAGCUGGUUUGCUACACAUACUUCCCCAAGAAUCAGGGUGGCUGCACAAAAGGAGCUCAGAUACCAUAUCUAAAGCCUUGCAAGACCCCUUGCGAGAAGUACUUGGAAGCGUGCCAAGUUGAGUGCUGUGAUGACAGCGCGCAGUGCGUGUUCGAGCUUACUUCUGAUUUGGGUGGAGGCGAAGUCAGCAAAGUAACCGGUUAUGUGGAUCAGAAGAGCCCAUCUGCGGUAUGUACUGGCAAAAGUGCUUCCAGCCGAGCUGGUGCACCACUGCACUUGCUGUUGGCUUUGUUCGGGUUGCAGCUGGCGAGAUUAGGUUCUGAUGAGACGCCCAAGGCGUCAGAAGCAGAGCGCCACAGAGGUUCGAAGCAUUGGAUGCUGUUUGUGGCUUUAGCUGGUUGCGCAGUUAGCUUGCAAGGCUGCAGCCUGGUGGUCCCAACACACAGCAAGGCCAACUGGAGGAGGAAGCCUGAUUACUUGAUAAAGUAUGAGCAUGUCCCUCCCGGGCAGCCUGCUGCCGCAGCGAUCCUCAACUCCUGCACACCAGGGGCUGCUGCAAGAGAGGUGUGUUCUGGCCACGGCCAGUGCAUGCCGUGGAGCCACGUGCCGUUGAAGUUGGCAGCUCCCGGCGAGAGCGCUGCCAACUUGGGCGUGGCCUUCUGUCAGUGCGAGCCUGGCUGGGCAGACCCUGAGUGCCGGACCCCGCGGAAGUCACAGUUGAAGGCCUUCUUCUUGAGUCUUUUUGGUGGCUUCUUUGGUCUCGAUCGCUUCUACCUCGGCUUUCCAGUUAGCGGUCUGAUAAAGCUAGUGACGCUUGGAGGACUAGGUCUUUGGUGGCUAUACGAUCUUGUCCGCGUUGGGUGUGCCCCGGUGUAUGCCAAAGAUUUCCGCGUCAGCAACGAUCUACCCCACUGGGUCUUCGUGCUGAUUCUGGUUCUUCUUUUUGGAGGUGGUGGCAUUGUGUAUUCCUUGCAUUCGUAUGUUCACUACCGCAAGCUGAAAAGGGCAGAGGCAGAAAAGUUGCUUGGCCAAACCAGUGACAGAACUCACAGCAGGCACAGUUGGUCCGUGACAAUUACAGGGACAUGUUGUGUCAAACUCGCUGAUUAUCAGGAGCAGUUGAAGUGUUAUUCUUUGUUGGCGCCUUUUGGAAGUUUUCUUCGGAGGGCUCAUAUUUUUGGUGGUUCUGUAUUAUGUUUUUCUAUGCUUUGUGAGUAUGGUUUUGACGGUUUUCUGGCUUCCCCUGCUUUUUUUUGGUAG